AUGGGAAAUCCGGAUAAACACUUUAUUAAAAUAGUGAAGGACUUGAUACUUGCCUCUCAUCCGAAGCAAGUAUUUGCUCCAACAAAUACUCGUCCAAAAUCUGAUUAUGCUGCUGAAAAGAACGCAAAUUUAGAAGAAGUCUUCACCUCUAGCAUAAUCUGUUUCGAUUUUACAAGUGAGAGAUUUGGUCCGCUUCUGCAUCUGUCGUUUAGUACUGAUGGGCAUCAUGACUAUAUUACCUUGUCUUGUGUUAGAGAAGAGAAACUUGCGGUUUUACUUCACUACAACAAAUCAAAUCCAUACAAGCUUUUCUUUUGGAUUGAGAUUGAAGAGGUGUCGUGGAGAAGGUUCUUGAGAGUGGCAACUGGAUUUGGUAUUUAUGUUCCAUUUAUAAAUGGAAUUUUCUUCAUUGACGAGGAGAAGAAAAUCGUCAUUGGUUUUGAUAACGAUAAUCGCCACAGAGUUAUUGUCAUUGGAGAGGCUAAAUACAUUAGGGGAUUCGAUCUCGUUAGAGAUUUUGGAGACCAAGAAUGUAAGACAGAUUUGUGCUCUUAUGUUCCAAGUUUAGUGCAAAUCAAAGCGAUUUGGAAAAGUGUCGAUAUGAUGAAAACAUUUUGA